CAUGUGAGCACUCCUGAGGACUUUUUUAGUGUUGCGGAGGAAGAAGAACUUUUAUUCCCCCCCCUCCCCUGCAAACUCCCCCCACCCGGGCUCCAUGCGUCCACGCAGCGAGGGAUUACAUCUGAGAGGAACAUCCAGGCUCUUCGUUUUGGGGCUGCACUUUUUGUGGAUAAAAUUGUGAUAUUGUUAUUUUUCGUGCACUUUUUUUUUUUUUUUAAAGGAAGCGAGCAUGAUAUUUAUUUUUAACACAUAUAUUAAUAGAUUGGAACUGGCGGCACCUGCUUUUAUGUGCAGCGUGCUUACACUUUUCUCUUGGGCGCACAUGUGCAAGCUGUAAAUGCAAUAAACACGCACACAUUAUAGCCUUUAUAUAACAUUGCAUUGCAGACAUUAAUUUGCUGUUAUUAGCGGUGUUUUUUGUUUUGUUUUGUUUCUACGCAUAAUGAAGCAUUUGCAAUUCGUGCUGGUGCUGGCCAUCGCUGUCAACGUGUGGGAGUGCGGAGAUGCCAAAUUGGGCGAGAGGGGAGCGGAGCUGAGCGCCAGGAGGCGACGGUGCUACGACGGCACGCUGCCCAAGCGCCUCAAGAAGCGGGACCGGAAGGUCCUGCUCGACGGCAGCGGCAGCGGCGACGUCUGCCACCGGUUGUACUCGCGGGUGUCCUGCUGUCCCACCCGCAGAGCCGCCUACCAGAUCGCUCACCGCAGGGAUGCCCGGAUUUUCUCCACCAACAACACGGAAUGUGGACGUCUGCUGGAGGAGAUCAAGUGUGCCCGCUGCUCCCCCAACGCCCAGGUGUUGUUCCACUCUUCGGACACGGACAAAAUGCCACACAGGGAGCCGGACCUGCCCCAGCUCUGCCAGGACUUUUGCCGCGAGUUCUACUACACCUGCAGGGGACACAUACCAGAAUUGUUCCAAGCUGAUGUGGACGAGUUCUGCCAAUACUAUGGGAGACGGGAUGCCAGUCUAUGCUUUCCAGAUUUUCAGCGAAAGCAACCUCAAGGCCAAGAUUCCAACUACUUGGGAGAUGAAAAAAUUGAAGAUAUCAGCAGGAAACACAAACACAACUGCUACUGUGCCCAGGAGGUGUUGAGUGGUCUGCGGCAGCCGGUGGCCGUUAUGCACUGCGGGGAUGGAUCCCAGCGGCUCUUUGUCCUAGAAAGGGAGGGGUUUGUCCAUAUACUCACCCAUGAACUCCAGCUGCUCAAGGAGCCCUUCCUGGACAUCCACAAGCUCGUGCAGAGCGGCCUGAAGGGAGGAGAUGAAAGGGGCCUGCUAAGCCUGGCAUUCCAUCCCAAUUAUAAGAAGAAUGGCAAGCUCUACGUCUCAUACACCACCAACCAAGAGCGCUGGGCCAUUGGGCCGCACGACCACAUUCUCCGUGUGGUUGAGUACACCGUGUCGAGGAAAAACCCAAACCAGGUGGACACCAGGACCAUUAGAAUGUUGAUGGAAGUGGCCGAACUGCACCGCAAACAUCUCGGCGGCCAGCUUCUGUUCAGCCCCGAGGGUCUCCUGUACAUCGUCUUAGGAGAUGGUAUGAUAACACUGGAUGAUAUGGAAGAGAUGGACGGACUCAGUGAUUUCACAGGCUCCAUGCUAAGGGUAGACGUGGACACAGACACUUGUACAUCCCCCUAUUCUAUACCACGGGAUAACCCCUACUUCAACAGCACCAACCAGCCUCCGGAGAUUUUUGCCCAUGGCUUACAUGACCCAGGCAGGUGCGCGGUGGAUCGUCUCCAGACGGAGAACGGGAGUCUCCUCUUGCUCUGUACUGAUGCAAGUGACAAAAACUCCACAACAGGCAGAAUAUUGGAGAUAUGGAAAGGGAAAGAUUAUGAGAUUGAGCCCUCCGUCUAUGACCUGCAGUCCACUGGAGGAGCACCACCAGUUGGAGGCUUUAUCUACAGGGGCUGCCAGUCGAGGAGAUUGUAUGGCAGUUACGUGUUUGGAGAUAAGCUUGGAAACCUUCGGAUUCUCCAGAAGUCCUCAAUAACGCCAUCGGCACUGAGUGACCAGUGGUUGGAGAAGCCACUCUGCCUGGGCACAGCUGGGUCUUGUGGCUCCACGCUCGUCGGAAACAUCCUGGGAUUUGGAGAAGACGAAUUGGGAGAAGUCUACGUACUGGCGAGCAGUAAAAGCAUGGCGCAGUCGCACAGCGGAAAACUCUACAAAUUGGUAGACCCGAAGAGGCCCCUUGCCCCCAAGGAGUGCCAGCGUCAGGUGGAGCCUCCAGAGCUGCUGAUGACAGCUUGUUCCCGGCACUGCAAGAACGGACAUUGCACUCCCACCGGCAAGUGCUGCUGCAGCCUCGGAUGGGAGGGGCCUUUCUGCCGCAUCGCCAAGUGCGAACCGGUGUGCCACAAUGGCGGCGUGUGCAUGGAGCCCAACAAGUGCCUGUGCAAGAGCGGGUACUCGGGCGCCCAGUGCGAGAAGAGCGAGCGGGGGAUGCCCAACGACCAGGAGAAGGACGGCAUACUGGACCACAUCAUCGACAUGACCUCGUACCUCCUGGACCUGACCAGCUACAUCGUAUAGAGGUGACGACUCUCAAACCUAGACACAAAUCUACCUAGCAACACCAGCAGACUCCAACGAGGUAUCCCUAAUUUGGCCCGCACACAAAUGCAGAAACACAUCUGCCUUACAUCCACAUUACCAGACUUAAAGCGGCCUCAAAAAAGCUACUCACCUGCUCCAGAACCAGAACACUCUUUGGAGUCACGUGAUUUGACAUUUCUGGACUCUUUCUGCGCUCUGGACAAAAAGAAAAACACCGCAAAGGAGCGGCCAUUAUCUCAAAACCUGGAGUCUGUACAUGGUAAGGACUUAAAUAGACCACGGCGUUUGUCGCCAUCGCAAAUCAGACUGUUGGACGCAGGAGACUCCCACCAUCUGCAUGGACUCCCUGUACUGCAUUACUUACCACACGCCGACACAUCUCCUUUGCACACUUGCGCCCCGAACAAGCUUCCCAUCACGGCACGUCACACACUGAAACUCCAAACCACAAAAAGGGAAGAAGGGGGAGCCCGGCCUGGACUUAUAUUCCUAAUAGAGCUUACCAAGUACUACUUAGCGUUGCAAAAGAAUAAAAAGACAAAAAGUAUAGCAUUAUUAUUAUUGUUAUCAUAGAGGAGGGUUUAUUUUUGUAAGCGUAAUAAUAUAUGGGAGAGAGUGGUGUUUAUAGAAAGCCGUUUUUCACUAAAGCUUUUUUGUCCUUUCAUGUUCUUGUACUUAAAACACUUCAUGUUCUUGUACUUAACACACUUCAUGUUCUUGUACUUAACACACUUCAUGUUCUUGUACUUAACACACAUGCAGCUCCUUAUUCUAUUCUCGUCCGCUUCCCUCCCGACACAAUUGACAUCAUUUCCACAAUCGCGUCUGCGUUUGAAGACCGUCGAAAAACGAUUUCACCUGUGGCGAGUGGAUUUUGAAGGCAGAUAUUCACCGGACCUGUCUAUUGGAGUUAUGUUUGAAAAAAAGGAAACACUUUUACAGUCUAAUGCACAGGUGUCAAACUCAAGGCCCGUAGGCUACAUCUUCAUUUUAUGUGGUCACCGAUAACCAGAGGUGGGUAGUAACGCGCUACAUUUACUCCGUUACAUCUACUUGAGUAACUUUUGGGAUAUAUUGUACUUCUAAGAGUAGUUUUAAUGCAACAUACUUUUACUUUUACUUGAGUAUAUUUAUAGAGAAGAAACGCUACUUUUACUCCGCUCCAUUUAUCUACAUUCAGCUCGCUACUCGUUACUGAUUUUUAUCGAACUGUUAAUGCACACUUUCUUUGUUUUGGUUUGUCAGACAGACAUUCAAAGUAGGAUCUAUCAUAUGCCUGCGUUUCACCAAUCAAAUGCAGUCACUGCUGACGUUUGACUCCGUUUCACCAAUCAAAUGCAGUCACUGGUGACGCUUGACUCCGUUUCACCAAUCAAACAGAGCCAGGCGGUCACAUGAUUAACUGCACACUCUUUUUUUUUUUAUAAACCUUUAUUUAUAAAUUUCAAGAUUUGCAAACAGUUGAAAAUAAUAAUCAAAGUAAGUACAAAACAGGAUAAAAAGCACACAAAACAGCACUAGGGGGUUGUAAAUUCAAAGUAACUAAAAUAGAAUGCAAAAAAAAAAAUAUAUAUAUAUAUUUAUAUAUAUAUAUAUAUAUAUAUAUAUAUAUAUAUAUAUAUAUAUAUAUAUAUAUAUAAAAUCAACAAAGUGCAAAGCCAUAGGCUCACUCAAUCUCAGUAAAUAACUUAAAUUUGGAACACAGCAUCAUCAUUUUCACAGAUUUUUGGUUGUUGGAGGUAGAGUGUUUUAAUGUAGAGUUAUAAAUCAUUUUUAAAAGGCACAAAAAACAGGUCGGGUAUUGAAAAACUUACACUUAUCAAUAUAAAACUUAGCCAAUAGUUUAAUGAGGUUGCAAAGGUAAAAUAAAUUUUCAAAUUUUUUUUCAAUACAAUGUAAAACCAAAUAUAUGUUAUUUAAUGUCUAUUAUUGUUUUAGUUGCUUAAAAGAUAUUCCUAGCUCUGAAUUUGUUCAUUGCUAUUUUUAUGUUUUUGUGCAUUACUUGUUGCCGUCAUCAUUAAACGAACAGGUUACUCAUCAGUUACUCUACUUGAGUAGUUUUUUCACAAAAUACUUUUUACUUUUACUCAAGUAAACAUUUACGUGACUUGUCCUUACUUUUACUUGAGUAAUACAGCUCUAAAGUAACAGUACUCUUACUUGAGUACAAUUUCUGGCUACUCUACCCACCUCUAGCAAUAACUUGAAAAUAAUGUAUGUGAACAAGGCAUUUCAUUCAUCCAUUUCCUACGGCUUGUCCCGUUCGGGGUCGCGGGGGGUGCUGGAGUCUAUCUCAGCUGCAUUCGGGCGGAAGGCGGUGUACACCCUGGACAAGUCGCCACCUCAUCACAGGGCCAACACAGAUCGACAGACAACAUUCACACACUAGGGACAAUUUAGUGUUGCCAAUCAACCUAUACCCAGGUCCAUGUCUUUGGAGGUGGGAGGAAGCCGGAGUACCCGGAGGGAACCCACGCAGUCACGGGGAGAACAUGCAAACUCCACACAGAAAGAUCCCGAGCAAAGGAUCGAACCCAGGACCUUCGUAUUGUGAGGCAGAUGCACUAACCCCUCUUCCACUGCCCCAACGAGGCAUUUCAUCUUUCUUAAUUAAUGUAUUUCAGUUGUGAUAGAAAAAAUAUGUAAUGCAUGCAAAUGCAGCUCUUAACUCAAUAUUUUUUUGAUUUAACAUGCUAUUCCAAGGGGUUUUUUUCACUACUGAAACACUUUUUUAAAAUUAAAUUCUACACCAGCCAAACUAAAUGAUCUGCUUGUAAUUUUGACUUCUGAUUCCAGAUUUUUCCAUCAGUUUGUUGGUAAACAAUGAUAAUGAUCAAAUGAGGAGGCGAUUGUAUUAUAAUCAAUUUUUUUGUGAUUGUUGGGGCCUAAAAUACCGGAUUUUACUGCAGCAUUUUCAAAAAAAAAUCCGAAAAAUUAUUCCCGGUGAUACAGGAAAGCAUUUGAUUGACGGGCGGUUGUGUUGCGUUUAAGUGCUGCUGGGCCAUGGCUGUGCUUAUGUAGUUUUCAGACUAUGUAAUCUUCACCCAAUAAUUUUUAAAAGAAAAAAAUAUGUUUUCAAAUAUUAGCCGCACUGGAAUGUGAGACGCAGAUUAAAUUAGUUAUUUACACAUAAAUAUUUUGUAAAUGUUUAUUAACAUACCUUAAUUCAGUGGUUCUCAACCUUUUUUCAGCGAUGCACCCCCUGUGAACAUGUUUUUAAUUCAAGUACCCCCUAAUCAGAGCAAAGCAUUUUUGGUUGAAAAGACAUAAAGAAGUAAAAUACAGCACUUUGUCAUCAGUUUCUGAUUUAUUAAAUUGUAUUACAGUGCAAAAUAUUGCUAAUUUGUAGUGGUCUUUUUUGAACUAGUUGGAAAAAAAGAUAUAAAAAUAACUAAAAACUUGUUGAAAAAUAAACAAGCGAUUCAAUUAUAAAUAAAGAUUUCUCCACAUAGAAGUAAUCAUCAACUUAAAGUGCCCUCUUUGGGGAUUGUAAUAGAGAUCCAUCUGGAUUCAUCAACUUACUUCUAAACAUUUCUUCACAAAAAAAGAAAUCUUUAACAUCAAUAUUUAUGGAACAUGUCCACAAAAAGUCUAGCUGUCAACACUGAAUAUUGCAGUUGUAUUUUUUUUUCACAGUUUAUGAACUUACAUUCAUAUUUUGUUAAAGUAUUAUUCAAUAAAUGUAUUCAUAAAGGAUUUUUGAAUUGUUGCUAUUUUUAGAAUAUUUAAAAAAAAUCUCACGUACCCCUUGGCAUACCUUCAAGUACCCCCAGGGGUACGCGUACCCCCAUUUGAAAACUACUGCCUUAAUUUUUUCCAAAGGAUGUCUGUAACAGGGCAGUAAAACGGCGGAUCAAACAAAACAGACGUCAUCGUCAUGGACCCACUAGCUGCAGAAGCUAACUCUCCAUUCAGCUAAACAGACACAAUAACUCCACGGUGACGUUUUGGUAAAUUUACUGAGGAAGUAGUGAAACUGAAACAAUACAAACAGAAUGCCAUUUGUAAACGUGUUAGCAUAUUAGCUAAUGUUAACAACGCUAGAUUCAGUACAUUACGAUAGCAGGUACAAAUAUACAUGAAAACACUGCUGCAGACAUCACACAUGGGCCGAUUUAUUAAGUAUAAACAGUUGUAGUUAUAUUGUAAAACCUACAAACAUUGCUAUGAGUGAUGAAUGAAGAAUCCAUUCCAUUAUAAGUUGGAACGGCACCUGUGCUUCCGGUUCAAAGCUUUAAUCACCAGGAAAUGCAGUUAGGGUUCACCCAGCAGCACCUGCAGUGAGUGAACUUGUCCAAAAGAUGGCUCCAUACCACAAACAAUAAAAUGUCUUUGCAUGUGUAUUAUGAAAACUAUUUCAUUGUGGCCAUCAGCGAAGAAAAAUCCAGAAAUUAGCCGCACCGUUUUAUAAGCCACAAGGUUCAAAGCGUCGGAUAAACUUGCAGCUUAUAGGCGGGAAUGUACAAGAUUUGCAUGGUUUGGUUGAAUUUGCGUGAAUUGGUUCGAUCGCAACAUUGCAAAGUCCUGGAAGAACUCAUCAAUAUCAUGAAGGACUUCCAGGACUGUGAUGUGGCCCACGAUGAAAAUGAGUUUGACACCUGGAGUGAGUGAGACAGCCAUCCUUAAAUGAGUUUGACACCUGGAGUGAGUGAGACAGCCAUCCUUAAAUGAGUUUGACACCUGGAGUGAGUGAGACAGCCAUCCUUAAAUGAGUUUGACACCUGGAGUGAGUGAGACAGCCAUCCUUAAAUGAGUUUGACACCUGGAGUGAGUGAGACAGCCAUCCUUAAAUGAGUUUGACACCUGGAGUGAGUGAGACAGCCAUCCUUAAAUGAGUUUGACACCUGGAGUGAGUGAGACAGCCAUCCUUAAAUGAGUUUGACACCUGGAGUGAGUGAGACAGCCAUCCUUAAAUGAGUUUGACACCUGGAGUGAGUGAGACAGCCAUCCUUAAAUGAGUUUGACACCUGGAGUGAGUGAGACAGCCAUCCUUAAAUGAGUUUGACACCUGGAGUGAGUGAGACAGCCAUCCUUAGGAUUCACACCCCAAACUGCAUUCUUUAAAACUGUCUCCACCAUUGAAUUAUGGUUUGUAUUUGCUAUAGUUUGAUAUUUUCUUUUUUUAUUCUAUGUGAUGUAUUUGUUAUUCCCUCGCUCGUGUUUUGCUGACACAAAUCAACUCUACCUGGUCCGAACGAGUCAAAAAUGGAAUUAUUAUGCUGUAAAAUGGAAAGUAUAUAUGUUUUUUUUUUGUUAGCACUUAAUGUGAAGGUUGCAUUGUAGCUGCUGAGACGGCAUGGUGUGAAUAGAAUAACCAUUUUUCAUUAUUUAAGUAGUUACACAAAAAAGAUCAUUAUUUAAGUUCUCUGUCAUUGUACUGUAAGUGACCAUUUUUUUAUUCAUUGUAUUGUAAAUAAAACUUAGGCGAUAACGUUCUUUCUCUUCAGAAAUAUCAAUAUGUCUAUUAAAAUUUAUAGCAUGUCUGAAA